AUGUCGGAUACCAUAGCAACUAAGGAAGAAGCAUCGAAAAUCUUUGAUAGAUUGAAAAAAGACCCAGCCAACCAAGUGUGUUUUGAUUGUUCGAACAAGAACCCUACGUGGACAUCCAUUCCAUUUGGGAUUUUCUUGUGCUUACAAUGUUCUGCGGUACAUAGAAACUUGGGUGUCCAUAUUUCGUUUGUCAAAUCAUCAAAUUUAGACUCAUGGCAGCGUAUUCAGUUAAGAAACUUUAAGUUUGGGGGCAACCAACAAGCCAAGGACUUUUUCCUCAAGAAUGGUGGGUCCCAAUUUGUCAAUAACAAGAAUGGAGUCGAUGCAACCGCCAAAUACACUUCGCCCUGUGCCAACAAGUAUAAGGAGAAAUUAAAGCAAAAGGCAGCACAAGAUGCAGCCAAGCAUCCAGAUGUUGUCACCUUAGAGGAUGUUACUGAUGUUUUGUCUUUAAGCGACUCUCCUAGCGAAUCGACUGACGAUUUCUUUUCCAAUUGGAACAAGCCAGUGAAUAACUCCAACACUGCUUCGCCAUUAUCUUCGAGAGCUGCAACGCCAAAUGCUUCUACAGACGACUUGACGAAAAAGAAAACCGUUGUGCGUACGACCACGACCUCGGCCAGAUUGAAAAGCACUAAUAGUGCUGCGAAAAAGUCGAUAUUAUCGAGCAAGGGCAACGGGCCCAGAAACUCGCGUUUGGCCGCUAAAAGAAUCAAUAAAACGGAUGAAGAUAUUGACUUUGAUGAAAUUGAAAAAAAGGCCAAACAAGAAGCCGAAGAAGCCAAGAAAUUGGGGUAUAAGCCUACUGAGCCAGUAGCUGCUGUUGAGCCGAAGAAGCAACCAACUACAAGUUCAUUAUCGUUGAAAAAAGAAAAUGAUGAGGUGAAAUUAACGCCUGCACCCAUCCAAGAAACAACCCAACAAUUUCAAAAGUUAGGGUUUGGUAUGACACAGGGGGAUAAUAUAGUAGGCAGUGGUGGUACUGCAAAGAAAUACAAGGAAGUAAAGUAUACUGGUGAAGUUUCCAACAAGUAUGGCUCUCAAAAGGGUAUUUCAUCGGACGAGUUUUUCGGUAGAGGGCCUAGAUUUGACGAGCAAGCAAAGGCAGAGGCCAAAACUAAACUACAAGCGUUUAAUGGUGCACAAUCUAUUUCAUCGUCUUCGUAUUUUGGAGAAGAAGAAGGAGGAAGUGGUGGAGUUCGUGGCGGACGAUCUAAUAGUGGGGUAGGUGGGUUAAGUGACUUGGAAGCAAGUGCUAGGGAAUUUGCAUCCAAAUUUUCGGGAAACGCAAACCAGGAUUUAGAGGUGUUGAAAGAUGCUUUGGAGGAUGGUGCCACCAAAUUAGGUUCAUAUUUGAGAGAUUUCUUAAGAUAG